AUGUUCUUUUAUGCCCUCGAGAGGGUGGCCGAUGGAGAGCGUUGGGGGAGCAAGUUGGUUAUUGGGCUCCUGGUUGGUGCUGGUAUGACGGUGGUCGCUGGUGAGAGCGCUUCGAUGAUGCCCCGGUUGCUGAAGCAAAGAACUGUCUUGGCCGCGGGAAUCGCGAAUGUUGCCAUGUACUGGACACUGGUCACGUACAUCUACUUCCUGGUCCUAUAUUUCCAGGCAAUCAUGGGAGCUAGCGUCAUCGACUCGGCAGUGAACAUGUUGCCUUUGGUUGUGACCUGCAGUGUCUUCUCAAUUCUGGCCGGGGUUCUGGUAACUAGCACCGGGUACUUCACACCUCCUGCCAUUGCAGGCACUUCGCUGACCUUGAUCGGCGCUGGUCUGCUCACGACGCUGGGCGAGCAUACGAUUACGGUGACUUGGGCAGGGUUCCAGAUACUUGUUGGUGUUGGCCUGGGACUCAGUCUGCAGCAAGGCAUCUUCUCAAUGCAAGUCGUCCUCAAUGCGGCCGACAUACCUGCGGGGACCUCACUGCAGACGUUAUGUCAAAGUCUCGGAGGCGCAAUCGCAGUCAGCGUGGGCAACGUUCUCCUCGCGAGUACGUUCCACAGCCAUGAGAGACAACUGAGAGAGGCUGGAGUUGAUGCUAAUGAGGUGCUGAGGAGUGGUGCAACCGCGUUCCGCUCUCGUGUGUCGGGGCAUGAUCUAGACGUGCUGUUAAACAUGUAUGCUGAAGGCCUCCGCAACACCUUCGUGACGAGCGCUGCUGUGGCAGGCGUUGCAUUGAUAGCGACUUGCCUCAUGGAAAUGCGGAAGGCGGCUGAGACGACUGCAGCCUCCUCGUCGAGAAGCGAAGAAAGGAAGGAUACAGUAGGAGACUGA